AUAUUACUCGUCCUUUCAGGAGGCUAAGCACAACAGAACACAGAUCUGACAGCAGAAGCUGAAUCCUGGCCCUUCAGCCUCACUACACAAGUCACACCUACCUAUUCACACACUGAUCGAGAGGCUGCUAUGUAAAGUGACCAUCAGAGCUCUCUCACUCCAUGCUGACUAAUGUCAAACACACAUCCGAGGCAGCGAUCGAUGGAUGCUCCUGUGGUAGAAGAGCAUGGCUCACAGCUGCUCCGGCAGCUGGAGAGGAUGAGAGCUGCCGAGGAGCUCACUGAUGUGGUGCUGCUGGCAGAGGGGAUUCCCUUCCAUUGCCACAAGGUGGUGCUGUCUGCAUUCAGCCCCUACUUCCAGGCCAUGUUUACAUGUGGUCUGAAGGAGACCCGGGGAGGAGAGGUGCCUCUCAGAGACACUCCUGCUCAGAGUCUAGACCUGCUCCUCGACUACAUGUACCGCGCUGAACUGCCACUUUCCAACGAUAACAUCCAGGGAGUGGCUGCUGCUGCCUUUCUGCUGCACGUAGACGGAGCCUUCAGGUUGUGUCAGAGCCACAUGGAGGCCCGUAUGGACCCCUCAAACUGUGUGGGUCUGUAUCACUGGGCCAGACACUUGGGGGCCACCAGUCUGGCUGACUGUGCCUUGAGGUUCCUCUGCCAACACUUUGCACAGGUCUGUGAAGAAGAAGAAGUGCUGGACCUGGAUGCACUAAGUCUUGGUGAUCUGCUGGGUUCAGAUGACCUUAACAUAUCGCAGGAGCAGGUUGUUUUAGAGCUGGUGCUGCGGUGGGUGCAGAGGCGAAGGGGGGACCCGCACAGUGAAGCUCAGGCUGUGGAGCUACUCAGACGUGUCCGUCUGGAGCUCGUCGACCCUGGAUUCCGCCGGAAAGCCAGGAGGAGAAACCCGGCAUUGCUGCGGGAUGCUGAAUGCUUUGGAAUGAUUCCUCUCCAAACGUCAGGACUCUGUGAGACGGCAGCUCCACCCCGGCCAUCCCUUCGUUAUGGAAUGGAGACCACAGAUCUGCUGCUCUGCCUGGGUGGGGUAAAUAAGGAGGGAGCACCUGCUCGCCGGGGAGGACUAGCUGACCUCAGUUUAUGCUUUGCCCCCCAUAGUAGAAAGACUUACUAUAUACCCUCUCCACUGAGAGGCUGUGGGGGCAUGGGCCAGAUCACUGCAGGGGCGGUGACACGAGACAAUAACAUAGUGGUGGCCAUAGAGAUAGAAGAUCAACACAGGGUGAAGAGGGUUGAUAUUUACAGGUUUGAUCAUUCAGAGAAGAACGGCUGGGUUGAGCUGUGCUCAGCAGCACACAGGGACAUGUAUGCUUUAGGGCUGCUUGGGGAUUCCCUCUAUUUGAUCGGGGGUCAGAUGAAAAUGCAUAAUCACUACAUCAUUACGGACAGCGUGGAGAGAUGGUCGUUGAAGAGAGGAGGUAGCUGGCUCAGCUUCGCCCCUCUGCCUCUGCCUUUAGCUUGCCACUGUGUCGUCAGCCUGAAAGAGCAUCUGUACGUGCUGGGAGGCUGGACACCCCAGCACCAGCCAGAUGAUGAGCCUGACAAGCUGAGUAACCGUUUGUUUCAGUUUGACCCCGUCAGGGACAGGUGGACGGAGUGUGCCAGGAUGAAGUACUCCAGGUACCGCUGUGGCACGGCUGUACUCAAUGGAGAAAUCUACAUACUAGGUGGUAUAGGAUGUGACAGAGAGGACAGGGGACAAUCACGUCGCUGUUUGAGCUCUGUCGAGAUCUAUAACCCAGACACAGACACCUGGAGGGAGGGACCUACCCUUCCUACAACUUUACUGGCCCUACGAACCAACGCAUCAAAUAUUGGAUCGGUGGAGGGAAAGCUCUACCUCUGUGGAUACUACAAAGGGGCUGGCCGUCAUGAGAUCAUCACCAAGGAGAUUUUGGAGUUGGAUCCUGCAGACAAUGUGUGGACAGUGGUGGAAAGACGGGCAGCCAUGCAUGACAGCUAUGAUGUCUGUCUGGUGGCAAACCUCAAUCCUCGAGACCUCUUCACACCCUGAUUCACAUCCUCCUGACUCAGAGCAACAAUGCAAUUUUCAUGCAGUUUUAUCCAAGCCUAGCUUGCCUCCCAGACUGCACAUGUAGUCACGGAAAGGUCAAGCUGCGACUGAAAUCUGGAGGUCUAGUUGAUUGUUCUAAAACGUGUUACUGCAGGAUUGAUUUCUUGUGAACAGAAGCCCUUACAUUUGGUUUUACUCAACAAGUAAUCUGGUUGUUUUCUAGGGAUCUCAACUUAUUUAUGUCGGAUCUACAAGCAUAAAAAAAAAAAGAUAGGCUUAACUCACCUUAUUAGUGUGGUUAGUGUGUAUGGCCUUGAGUAUCCCAGUUUGAUCAGGUUUUUAAGUAUCUGUUUUUUGUGUUUGUGCAUGUAAACAUCAUGCCUCGAUUUCAGAAAACAGGAUAAGCCCUUAUCCCAGUUUUGAGAAACCAGAAUUUGCUACCUGGAGAACUCACAAAGAAAAUGGGAUAUUGUUGCUUGUAUACGCCUUUCCCCGGGUUCUGACAGCCGGCGACUACCUGCUCAGACGUGGCUGCAGCAAAGUGCAAAACAAACAUGGCGGCGCCAACGAGAGCUUCUUACUUUUGGAGCAACAGAGACUGAGUUUUUAUCUUUGGGCUCAGUGGUAGAGUUGGUCAUAUCUCAACCAGAAGGUUGGGGGUUCGACUCCCCAGCUCCUGUAGACAUGUUGAUGUGUCCUUGGGUAAGACUCUUAAUCCCAAAUUUGAAACUUUACAUAGCAACCUCUGCCAUCAGUGUGUGAAUGUAGUGUAGGUAUGUGUGACCUGCGGUUUUAAAAAAGCGCUUUGACAAUAAGGUGUUAUACUACAAGUCCAUUUACCAUUUUUGUAAUGAAGAAUGAAAUAUAAUCGGAAUCGCAUUGAACUGCUUUUUUAUUUCAUAUACUUUAUUAAUCCCUGAGGGACAUUCUGGUUUACACUCUGUUAGUGAGAGACAUAUUUCUCACACACAUAGGACUGAAUCACAGACAGGGGAGCUGCUACACACUGCUACGCAGCUAGCACAUGAGAGUGGUUGGGGGUUUGGUGCUUUGCUAAAGGCCAUCUCAGCAGUUCUCUGGAAGUGCCCUGGCACCUCUCCAGUUACUUGAACCAGCGACCCUCCGGUUCCCAACCCAAGUCCCUACAGACUGAGCUACUUCCCACCACCAUGUUGAUGAGAUAGUGAUAAGCUAAAUAAAUAAAAAAAUAUCAUUUAUAUGGUACUUUCUAUUAAGAAGUAGCAGUCCCCAAUCCUGACCCCUAAAUUUCAAUUUAUGUAAAUACCACUUAAAACACUUUUUAGAUUUGUUUCAACUGUGUAGUUUAAAAGAUCUUUAUGAUUAAGUUUAAACAAAGUUUGAAAGACUUAGAUUUAUUGUGGGUUUAAUUUUUAAAUUAAAAAACUAUGCUCAAAAAAUCAUGUCCCUAGUUUUCAUGUCACUACCGAAACACAAGAGUUUUAGUGGCUUGGCUGAGCCUAGAUUUAAGCCACACCCCUGAAUUUUUGACCAGGAAGUGAAAUUGCAUCCCUGUUCCCCAUGGCUGAAUGAUAAGCAGCUAAAUCCUAUAAUUUUUUUAAUAAAUGUGCUCCAAAGUCUGAAAAUCAGUGUGUAACUUUAAAAAUUGUCACUACUGAACACACAUUCUCUUC